CCCUAAAAACCAUCUUCUUCACCGCCUCCCCACAUUGCAAGAGGACUCUCACAAUCCCACCACCAGCAAAAAUGAAGUACAAUCCAAGAGUAUCCUCUUCUCGCCGUAAGAGUCGUAAGGCUCAUUUCACAGCCCCAUCAAGUCUCCGUCGUAUCUUAAUGAGCGCACCUUUAUCCACCGAACUCCGCACAAAGUACAACGUGCGCUCAAUGCCUGUACGCAAAGAUGACGAGGUUCAGGUUGUACGUGGGACGUACAAAGGACGUGAGGGUAAAGUUGUCCAAGUGUAUCGUAAGAAAUGGGUUAUUCAUAUUGAAAGGAUUACACGUGAGAAAGUUAAUGGAUCUACUGUUAAUGUCGGUAUUCAUCCUUCGAAGGUUGUUGUUACUAAGUUGAGACUUGAUAAGGAUAGGAAAUCGCUAAUUGAUCGUAAGGCGAAAGGACGUGCUAAUGCUGAUAAAGAUAAGGGAACUAAGUUUACUGCUGAUGAUAUUAUGCAGACCGUUGAUUGAUUUUUGUCUGGUAUUUUGUUGUUUUAGUUAAAGAUGGUUUUAUAUCAGUGCGUUUCGGUUAAUUUUAGUGUUUUGUCGAGACAUUUGGAUUUUGUUCGAGUUUAUGUUUUUUUUUUUUUUGGUUAAAUCAAUGAUGAUGAUACUUUGGAAUCUUAAA